AUGGGCGUCGUUGAAUAUCUCCAAGUCAUGCUGUUUGUUUUCAACCUGACCCUCUCCAGCGUGGCACAUCCAGCAGUGAAUUGUCAAAACUUCAAGUUUGUUAUCGACGAAGAUGUCGUCUUUAACCACAUUCUUGAGGGUCACGUGUUUCAAAGAUCGACAGUCCGCGGCUCAGCCCAGUGUCACGUGAAGUGCAAAGAUGACUGCCUGUGCGCAUCCAUGAACUACUUUCCUCAGUCCAAAGAGAAUAACUGUGAGCUUAACGAUGCUAAUAAAGACAUGGAGCCAGCGGCAAUGAAAUGGAGGCAAGGAGGAAACUAUUAUGCUUUGGUGAGAAGCUACACAGUGAGGGGUGGAGAGAAAUACAUCCCUGAGAAACAUCGUUGCAUCAACGGAUGCUGCCGCACUAAUCCUUGUCUCAAUGGAGGGGCAUGUCGGGAGAUUUGUGACACUCACAGCACCAGGUUUAACUGUACCUGUCCUAACACAUACUCUGGUCAGCGGUGUGAGAAGAUGAAACAUCCGAGAAGCUGCAAAGACAUAGCUAAGAACGGUGCCUCGACAUCAGGAAAAUACGACAUCUCAAAUUCAGAUAAUGAACGGUUUUCUGUUUACUGUGACUUGCAGUCUGAACCUGGCUUUGUAUGGACGUUAAUACAAUCGUUUUCCUUUUCCAAGAAAAAAGCCUUCCAUUCUGCAGGGUUUGGCAAAAACGUUGAGAUUGAUAUUGAAGAGGGGGAAGUAAAUUGGAACGAGUUCCGAUUAUCCUUAUCACAGAUGCAGUAUCUUGCUAAUCACUCCACACAUCUGAGAGCAACUUGUAACUUUUCUACGGAUGGCCUGCAGUAUACGGACUACGCACGCGCUAAGCUGGCAGGUCAUGACAUUUUUGGUACCUGGAACACCUGCCAGAUGUACGAAUAUGUCAAUAUCCGAGGAAUCUAUUGUUCUAAUUGCACCGCCCUCACAAAACAGCGGGAAGAUGUGUCCUGGCACAUAAAGAGUUACGAUAGCAUAAAAAGGGGGUGUGAAUUUGAUGGAAAACCAGGUGGAGUCUCCGAUGAAAAAAAUUUCGGAAAAUUUGACGAACAUUUCUUAAAUCCGGAUCACCGCUGCUCGUUUUCUCCUGCUUCUACAACGCAGCAUUGGUUUGGAUUGAAAAAACAUUUGCCAAAUAUUUGUUCUUCAUAA